CCUGUGACCUCGUGCUUUGUUUGGCCUUCCAACAUAUUGUUCUUAUCAUAUGGAAAUAAAACCCAGCUUAUUGGCUCACAUUUGUGCAUAAAACCCCAGAAAGUGAGAAGACCAAGCCUGCGUAGAUGGAGUGGACUAUAGUUUUGUCUUCUGCUUGUAUUUCAAUGUGCUUCUGUGCGUGAGUGCUAUGUUUUAAAGUAAGACGUCGUGGAAUUGAAAGUUUGUGUGUCUACUACUAAAUGUUUUGUCUAAAACGUAAUGGAAAUUGUAUUUGUUGUACUUAGGUGACACUUUCCAAUUCUUAGCCCAUGGGUAUAGUGGAUGUGACUCUUAUUAGGACACUUGAUAUCAACACUAGAAUCUAAAAGAAACAUUGCUACAACUUGAUGUGAACCAGAAUACAAAUCUAGUUUUGUUUUCUUGGACUAACUCUAGUGGACCGUGUCAGUUGACUAUCAUACUACAUCAAGCUGUUUCUUUGAUCUGUCCACUGACUGACCAGUGGGGAUCAGUUUGGUCUACGUCCAGGUGGAUAUUAACUGUUAAGUGUGGAGAAAUCAUCGGAGCUGGACAUCAUGAUUAUGACCAAUACUUUGGCGGCCAUCCCUAUCUCCCCUGUAUCCCCGUCUCUGUCCAUUAGCCCCAUUGACCUGUCCAAAUGUAGCGAAUCGGAGCUGGGACUCUUUCUAUCACAAAGGAUGGAGUUGGUCUGGCAUGGAGAAUUUGAUCGUCUCUUUGCUCAGUACUUCCCUCACACCUGGUACCUAGUGCCAACCUUCUUCCCACCAAGCGAGCGAUGGAGAGUAUUUAAAGACAGCGCCAAAGUCAGAUUCUCUUGUCAAGAAUGUGGACAUGGUUGGACCUCCAUGAAAGGCCGAGUCAUUUUUUGGUUCCAUCUGAACUACACCACCAACUCUGGCUAUGUGAUGUUCAAACUGUACGGCCAGCAGUGUCAAAAGUGUAAAAAUGGAAGCUAUGAGCACGCAAUGUGGUACCCUGAAGAAGUUGUCAAAGUGAUUGGAAAUGUCUAUAACCGUGUUGGACAGAUAUUUUAUGGAUUUGUUCGACCUCCUCUCCGUAUAGAUAGACGCCAGGGCAAGCCCAGGAACCAGCAUAAUGCAGAACUUUGUCAGGCCUGUAAGGAAGGCCUGUGUAAAGAGGAAUGGUCUUUUUCAUGAGCCAAGUGUCCAGUCAUUGGGCCAAAUGUCCAAGGAAGGGAGAGCUUCCUAUGUUCAGUUGCUUGAUGAUUGCAUACAUUCAUUUCAUUUGUUGCAUGAAAGCCUAAAACAAAAAAUGGCUUAUUGUUUAAACAUUUAAUGAAUUCUGAUCCUAAGUUUAUAUUUUAGUCAUGUAAACUUCAACCCAUUGAAUAACUAUUAUAUUUGUGUAUAGUUUAUUAUAAAAUAAAUGGUGACUUGACAAUCAUUACUAAAUUACUAUUUUUGUAAGAAAAUGAUCUGCCUUGAGAGUAUCUCCCAUGAAAUGGAGAUGUUCAGUUUGUCUAUUAACGUAUCAGUAUUUAUGAUGGCUUGUGAGGAGAGCUUGGAAUGUUUCCAUCUGCCUGGUUACAUUCCUAUCUGUUUACUAUCUGAUGGCUUUCAACCUCACCACAACUUGCCCUGUUGAUUGAAGUAGUAUUAGUCAUUGAAUUACAUACUAUAUACUAAUUUGCCUUUAACUUUGUUAUUAUGCGUGUAUUUAUGAACAUGAUCAGGCUGUCUCCAAAUAUCCAGACUAAUCCAACAGCUUUCCAGUGUUAUAUACACUCUCUAUACUGCUCUAGUUUCAUCUUAUCUUUUUGUUUUAGUACCUUAAUAAUUUUUUUAGUGUGUUUUAAAAUCAAAAUCUAUAUACCCAUUCUAGUUUAUUUUAUACUUUUAGAGCUGUAAAAAUAUUAAACAUUUACAGUAGUUCUCUGAAAUAGUCACUAAUGAUUAAAUCAGAAGAUUAUUUUAUUUAGAGAAAAAAUAAAGUUAAUCAAAUGUUGUUGUUUUUUUUUUUGUUUGCUUGUAAAUAAAUCCAAUCUUUUUUUUCUCGCUUCAAUGAUUGCUGCUGUUACAUUUCAAUAAGUGUUGCUCAUUUUUUUUUUCCUUUACAACCAAAAUUGUAUUUAUUGUGUUUUUGUCUUUUCAAGACAAUGUUUUGGUUUUCCUUUUUUUAAGUUCUAAGGGGCAUAAUUGUAGGUGCACAGUUCUUUCUUACCAGUUUUAUUGUAAAUAGUCAAAUUAAUAUAUAAAUAUAAAUAUAUACAUAUAUUUAAAUAGAACAUCAAUUUAUUUUUUAAAACUUUUAUGUGCCUUUCAUCUUGAUGUUAUUUUCAUAUCUACAAAUAUGUAUGUGAAAAUACUUUCCAAUCCUUUUAUCAUGUAUUUAAACCAUUUGUCCCUUCCCUAAUAUAUUCAAUGUUUAAUCAAAAUGGCUACCACCCUGUGCCUUCUAAAACUGCACCAGACAUCUCCGAGAUGAUAUAAUGAAUUGUUACUUAUAACUAUUAGAAAACUUUUUAAAAAAUUUUAAAUCGUUUUUUUUUAUUCAACUACUACAAAGAGAAAUAAAUUAAAUAAAAUCAGAUUUUAUUUUAUUUAAAUUACCAAUGCAAUAAAAUCAUAGUUAUUUCUAUAGAACUACCUACAAAUCUGGCAUUAUUUUUAAUAUUGAUGUCCAGAGAAAAUGAAAGAACUUGAAAUGUACAAGUCAGUAGGUUACAUUAUGUCAGUAGUAUUGCCAUAAAAUAGAGUAGUUUCAUUCCAAUUGUUUCCAAUGUCUACUACCAAAGGGACCACACUGUGUGUUCACUUCAAGUGUUCUCAGCUUCUAAGUGUUCAGCUGAACACAAAACACUGUUGAGAUUAUUCAAACUUGAAUGUUCAUUUCAACACUUAGAGACCUUCUAAUGAUUGUUUUAUGUGUCAGGCUGGAAUGCUCAUCAAAAUAUACCGUGAUACUGUAAGUUAAACAAUGGUUGCUAUAGAAACCUAUUUAUAACUAUAACCAUAUUCAUUAUUAAUCUACAUUUUGUUAAAUAUAUUUAUUGUAUGUAUGUAAAUCUUCUAUGUUUGGUGUUUGAAUGGACUAUAAUGAAAAAUUUGAAGGGAAAAAAAAAUCCCACUAUCUAUAGCUGGUUCAUUUUGUAGCCGGCCACAACUGAAUUUAAUUGUUCUUCCUUUAUAUGGGACAGUUUUUGGUGAUGAAAAUUUUUUCUUUAAGUGUGUUAUAUUUAGCUUAUACUUUGUUUUUUUUCAAUACAUUGAUUUUAAGAAGUCUAGGAAUGUAAAGACAUGAGAAAUUAGUCCUAUAAAUGUAAAGACAUGAAAAAUGUGUCCUCUAAAUUAUCACUAACAUGCAAAAAACAAAUUUUAGUGUCAAAGUCUCCAAGCUACUAAGCUAAUGGAAAAAAAGAUCAGCAUGAGGUUAAAAAAAAAUCUAAAAUUUAAAUUUAAACAUAAAAAGGUUUUUUUUUAUGCUUUUUAAAAAUGUUAACAUUAUAACUAAGUAAAUAAAUAUUUACUAUCUGUGUUGUGAGAAGCCAUUACUUGCUUAAUUUUAAUUAAAGCUUUAAAAAAUAAUUAACAUUUUAACAUAAUGUUUGUGUCCUAAACCUUUAAUGUCUCUGUAGCCACUCCUCCUCUUUUCCUACAGUUGUUCUCUAAAUCUCCCAAAAUGAUGGCUUUUGAUGAAGUACACACAUUUAUAGUCUAUCUCAUAAUGUAUUCAAUUGUAUAUAGCAAUAUUUGAUCUUGAUUAUAAGAUUUGACUAGAACAAGCUUUUACACUAUAAACCUUCAGCUCUAAAUGUUGGUGGCCUUAUUGUUUUAGAGCUACUACUUUAAUAGUGCCUUCAGUUUCAAUUAAUUUCAUUUUUUCACUUGAAAAUUAUUUUUUUUAUUUAUUGAAAUUAUUGAAUGUUUAAAACCUACAAAUUAUGACUCUAAAAAUAAUGUUUUCAUAGAAAUGGUAUGUUUCUAAUUCACUAAUGGCUUAGUCAAAGGAUACAUGAACAUGCUUGUACACAAUGAAAGCAUUCCUUGUCUAAUUCUAACACAGCCUGUUCAUUAACAAAACUGUUGACUAGUGCACAAUAGUGUUUAGAACAGUUUUCAACAGUUCAUUUAACAAAGUCUAUUUUUAGUCAGGUGAAACAAAAAAAGAAUGUGCUAAUGAGAAAUAGUUUACAUUCCAACACUUCAGUCAUUCAGUCUUGAGUUAGAUAUUGAGUUGUCUUACUUGGAAGUGUCCUAAACUAAACUAGACAUUCUCUUGGUGGAAUCCAUUUUUUAAAAAUCUUGCAAUCAUAGAAUUCUUGUGAACUAUUGAAGGCUCUGAUAGUCUGACCACCACAAAAAUAAAAAGAUUACAAAGUGAUGAUAAAAAUGAAAUUAAAAAAAAAAUUGUUUUUCCUGAAUGUUUCCCCGAUCUUCUCUUUGAGUCAUUCUUCUUUCUAUCCAAUAUUUUCUCAUCCAAGAUAAGUCUGAACUCUACCAUCAACUAGCAGCUAUUGUUGCUUGAUAAACUGUGUCACAAACUUUUAUCUACUUUUGAGUAAAUCAAGUUUUUUUCAUGUAAUACUGCAUUUUAUUUUGUUUCAUUUCUGUCAAACUUUUUUUAUUUCCAUUUUUUUUAAUAGUGUUUUUCUUUUGCUUUUUCUUGUUGUUUUUUUUCUGCACUUAAUUUUGUUUUCCACUGUUUUUGUCUUUUGUAUUCAAUUUUUUUCUUGCUGUUUUUCUAAGUUUUUGGUGGCAGUUUUUUUUUUUUUGUACUCUAUGUCCUGAACAUUAGCUGCAAUUUAUUUAUUUUCUUUUUUGUUCUAGUUGAGUUAAAAUCUAACAAAGUUGAACAAUGAGUGUAAACCUAAUGAAGGCAUCUCAUGUUUGUUGAUAACUGGAACAAUGAGUGUAAACCUAAUGAAGGCAUCUCAUGUUUGUUGAUAACUGGAACAAUGAGUGUAAACCUAAUGAAGACAUCUCAUGUUUGUUGAUAACUGGAACAAUGAGUGUAAACCUAAUGAAGACAUCUCAUGUUUGUUGAUGACUGGAACAAUGAGUGUAAACCUAAUGAAGACAUCUCAUGUUUGUUGAUGACUGUUAAAGACUAAAACUAAAAGACUCUGGAAUGUUGUGAAGUAACUGGUAAAAAGAAAGGACUGGAGAGAAUGGGAUGUUAUUUGUAGUUUUUGGUUUGUUUUAAUGGUCAAGAGAUUUGUGAAAAUUUGUAGUUUUUCAAUUUAGGUUAAGCCUGUCUAAGACCUAUACAAUAGAUUCAGUUUCCAUCCUUAUGAUUAUCUAAUGAUUGACAGUGUCUCACAAUGUAUUAAAUCAUUAAAAUUACUUUUUCAAUGUAAUCAAA